GUGGUAGGUGCACUUGGCACUUGCAAACACCAAUCCGAUAAUUGUCUUUGUAAAACUGUGAAAUCAAAACAACAAUAAAAAAAAAAAAAAAAAAAAAAGAUUUCCAAAAACUUUGACCAAAAAAACUUGUCCUGCUACUUCAACUCUCAAGUAUCACCAAUUUCUGCACGAAACAGAGAUUAAUAUGUGAACAAAACAUCAUUCUCCAAACUACCCAUUUUCCUUCAUCCUCCGAUAAAACAUAUUCCAAUUCUCUUAAUGGUUGAUUCUCUCUGUAGUUGCCAUAAUUCCACUGUUUUCUCAAAUGGGUUUCUUGUCAAUCUUCACGGAUUCCGAUAUUCGGCCUUUGCUUCUACUUCUUCUGUUUUUCGUCCCCACAAGUACCCAAGAACAAGGAUUCGCCUCUGUGCUGAUAUCCGAUAAGGGUCUUGCCUUUGCCAAGGAUUUCUUGAUUAAGAAAGCGAUUUCCUCUAUGAUUCCUCUUCAGCUUCCUACAGCUGAGAAGAAAGUGAACAUUCCAGUACUUGGCAAAGCUGAUGUCGUUUUGUCUAAUAUAACAAUCUACAGCGCUGAUGUCCCUUCGUCGUAUGCCAAGACUGGUGGGACUGGUGUCGUUUUGAUUAUCUCAGGUGCCACUGCAAACUUGACCAUGAAUUGGAGAUAUUCUGGAAAAAUUUUGUUUGUUGAUGUUUCUGAUCAUGGGAUUGCCACUAUUAAGGUUGAAGGUAUUGACGUGGGAAUGACCAUGGCUUUGGAAGACCAAGAAGGAACUCUCAAAGUGUCCAUUUUGGAAUCUGGAUGCUACGUUAGAGGUCUGUCCAUAAAGAUGGAAGGUGGCGCGUCUUGGUUUUACCAGGGUUUAGUUGAUGUUUUUGAAGACAUAAUACGGUCUGCAGUCGAAGAUGCUAUUUCCAGCAAUAUCAAAGAAGGGGUAACAAUGCUUGACUCGCUAUUGCAGACACUUCCUAAAGAAAUUCCUGUACAUGAUAUUGCUGCUAUGAAUGUUACAUUUGUCGGCGACCCCGUUUUGAGCAAAUUUUCCAUUGAACUUGCUAUCAAUGGUUUAUUUACGGGUAUUGAUAAUCUCGGUUCCAGCUUUUAUGGUAAAGGAUUGGUAGAUCUUGUUGACUACAAUGCUUCUAAUAAGAUGGCCGUGAUGUUGUUACAUGAAAAAGUUUUCAACUCGGCGGCCUCAGUUUUCUUCAACGAAGGUUACAUGCAAUGGACUGUUAAUGAGGAACAACAUCAGUCAUUGUUGAAUACUUCUAGUUGGAAAUACAUAGUUCCUCAACUGUACAAGAAGUAUCCAAAUCAUGCGAUGGAACUUGACAUUUCUGCAACUUCUCCACCAAUCAUUAUAAUUUUGAGUAACGAGGUUGAGGCUACAAUUUACUUGGAUGUCACAAUUGCUGUUUUAGAAUCUUCUGAGGUUGUCCCGGUUGCGUGCAUAGCUCUGGAGAUUACUGCCUCCUGUUUGCCAAAAAUAAUGGGGACUUAUCUGAUGAGUACGCUUAAACUGAAGGACUUUACAACAUCUUUGAAGUGGAGCAAAAUCGGGAACCUUCACAUCCGUUUAACGAAGUUUGUUAUGUCAAUCAUCCUCAAAACAGUCAUCUUACCCUACGUGAACUCGAACCUUCAGAAAGGACUGCCAGUGCCAAUUGUUGAAGGUUUUACACUUGAGAAUGCCGAAAUCUCAUGCACUGAUACAGAGCUUGUAAUAUCUAGCGAUGUUUCGUUCGUAGAACAAUGGCAUUCCCUUAGCAGGAAGUUUGUGUAAAAGCCAAAAAUUUGCUUUAAGCUGAUGUAUAUGCUACAGGUACAUUUGUAAUCUUGUGUAAAUGGUUUCAUGAAAGUAGAAUCCAGAU